AUGAGGAAAGCAAUUCAUUCGGCUAAAGAGCCUGCUGUUGAGCCACCUAUCAUAGUAGAAUCGGAUUACAGCCCUGAUUCCUACUCCUCCUUCGGUGUAUCCUUUAACAAACGAAAGAUUCCGACCCCUUCUAUAAGCAAAAGCCCUAAGUCUCUCAACGAUUCAAGGGAAAGGAUGCGUUAUACCUGUUCUUUCAAAAAGGUAUACAGUUUUUGCUUUUAAUUUAACCCUUAAUCGGUAAUAAACUAACAAUUAAUAUUUGCAGACCGAUAUGACUAUACAGAGUAUUCGAUAACAAUUCCUUGAGGCGGAUAAUAAUGGCCUUAAAUUCAGCCCCGAACUUGUUUUAGAGGAUAAUCCAGAGAACGAUCCCUUCGAUAAUCGGUACUUAUCUGAAAAGAAAUAUACAACGAAAUCUUCUAUUCAAGGUCCUAUUCGAGAGCUUGUAGUAGUAAUGGAAAGCCCUGUAAAGUCUGGUGGAAUCGGAACGGAAGCCAAAGGUUCUGUUCGAUAUCGUGUUUGUGCAGUGGGUUUGAAGGAGGCGCUUGAUGGUGAGUAUUCUUUCAUCCUUGAUGUUGGAUGGUUUUGAUCUAGGAAUUUUGUUGACUAAAGAUGUUUUUAGAUACUUUCCGUAUGGUGAUAUCUGAUACCGAUGACGAUUUGGAUGAUACCGAGUCGUAUACGAGGAGUUCCAAAGCCUUUACCUCGAAAUCGAAAAUCCGAGUUACCUUUCAAAAAGGUGCUCCUUCAAAUUAG